GCCAGCGCCCCUUACAAGCGCGAAUCCGACAGACGUGAAUAUGGCGUAGCUGAUAUAAAGAUGUUUUCGUCAUAGUAAAUACUACAUUUUAUUACCUUUACCACGUUAGUAGUGUGAUACUCUUUAUUUCAACUAGCUGCUAGUGUUUUGAGUAUUUCAAGCUGGAUGGAAGGUUUGCCGCUAGAAGAAAAAAUAAAGGGGCGGGUGCGAGUCAUUCCUUGCUAGUUCCUACCAGACUAGCCAGUCUGCUAUCGUUAUAGCUUAUCUAACGUUACAGGCUAGUGACACAGACAGUCCUCCAGGUGAAGAGUCAAUUUAGACAAACACUAGCUAAUAAUGAUAAUAAUUUUAGGACAUAGCUAAGAAAUUUUAUAGUUAACGUCGUUAGAUGUGGCUAGUAACGUUAGAUGUGUAACAGUUAUUUCUUAACGCUAUUUUAUUGCGCUCUGUAAUUUAAAAAAAUACUUUCUAUAGUUAACGUUAGUUGUAUUCAUUUAGCUUCCUAGCUAGUUCGCUAGACAACACCAACAAUGUCGGAUAACCAGAGCUGGAAUUCUUCGGGUUCCGAUGAGGAUUUGGAGACCGCGGAAUCGGGAGUCGGAGGACAGACUGUUGUUGGAAUCGCUGAGAACAGUGGAAUCCUCAGCAAGUGGACCAACUACAUCCACGGCUGGCAGGAUCGCUGGGUGGUUCUGAAGAACAACACUCUGAGCUACUACAAGUCUCAAGACGAGAGAGAGUUUGGCUGCAGAGGGUCCCUGUGUCUCAGCAAGGCUGUCAUCACUCCCCUUGAGUUUGACGAGUGCAGGCUUGACAUCAGUGUUAAUGACAGUGUGUGGUACCUGAGAGCCAUAGACUCCGAACACAGACACCAGUGGAUCAACUCCAUCGAACUACACAGGAGCCUUCGAGACGGGAGGAUAGACAGUGGAGUCAUCCAGAGGACCUCCCUAGUCCCUCCAUCAGUGGCUGAGUCUGGGUAUGGUUCAGAGUCCAGUCUGAGAAGACAUGGCUCUAUGGUGUCUCUCACGUCUGCUACCAGCGGCUACUCCACCACAUCCACCUCCUCCUUCAAGGGCCACAGCCUGAGGGAGAAGCUGGCAGAGAUGGAGACGUUCAGAGACAUCCUGUGCAGACAGGUCGACACGUUGCAGAAAUACUUUGACGGCUGUGCCGAUGCCGUCUCCAAGGACGAGCUGCAGAGAGACACAAUUGUGGAUGAUGAUGAGGAUGAUUUCCCCAACACUCGGUCAGAUGGAGAGUUCAUCCACAACAACAACGGCAGCAAGGAGAAGUUAUUCCAGUCUCUGAGCCCUAAGGACAUCAAUGGGAUAGAUUUUAAGGGCGAAGCCAUCACGUUCAAGGCCACCACAGCUGGGAUCCUGGCCACCCUGUCCCACUGCAUGGACCUGAUGGUGAAGAGAGAGGACAGCUGGCAGAAGAGACUGGACAAGGAGCUGGAAAAGAGGAGGAGGAUAGAGGAGGGCUACAAGUCUGCUCUCUCUGAGCUCAAGAAGAAGUCUCACUUCAGAGGCCCUGAUUACGAGGAGGGUCCUAACAGCCUGAUCAAUGAGGAUGAGUUUUUUGAUGCAGUUGAAGCAGCUCUUGACAGACAAGACAAGAUAGAGGAACAGUCUCACACUGAGAAGUGGAGGAUACAGAGGUCCAGUCCAGUUCCCCCAGGAGAUGUCUACUCCACCAUGGGAUCACACAGAUUUGCCAACAAGGUGGAGGAGAUGGUGCAGAAUCACAUGACCUACUCGCUGCAGGAUAUGGGCGGAGACGCCAACUGGCAGCUGGUGGUGGAGGAGGGGGAGAUGAAGGUGUACAGGAGAGAGGUAGAGGAGAACGGUAUUGUCCUGGACCCCCUGAAGGCCACUCACUCCGUAAAGGGAGUGACCGGACACGAGGUGUGCCACUAUUUCUGGGACACAGAUGUACGCAACGACUGGGAAACUACUAUUGAGAACUUCAACGUUGUGGAGACGUUAUCGGAAAAUGCUGUUAUCGUCUAUCAGACACACAAGAGGGUGUGGCCUGCCUCUCAGAGAGAUGUGCUCUACUUGUCUGCCAUGAGGAAGAUCCUGGCUAACAACGAGAACAACCCUGACACCUGGCUGGUCUGCAACUUCUCUGUGGACCACGACAACGCCAUGCCCACCAACAGGUGUGUCCGUGCCAAAAUCAACAUCGCCAUGAUCUGCCAGACCCUGGUAAGCCCACCAGAGGGUGACAGAGAGAUCAGCAGAGACAACAUCACCUGUAAAAUCACCUACGUCGCCAACGUGAACCCGGGAGGCUGGGCUCCUGCCUCAGUUCUGAGGGCCGUGGCCAAGAGGGAGUACCCAAAGUUCCUCAAACGUUUCACUGGCUACGUCCAGGAGAAAACAUCAGUGAAACCUAUUCUCUUCUGAGGUUCACAGGACUCACUACACCACUGUCCACACAAGACUGUUCUGAACAUAGCAUACCAUGACAACCCGAACAUAGCUAGCCCUCAUGCUUGGUCUCUAGCUCGGUCUCCAGCUAGCUUCAAUGUAAGCCCUCAUGCUAGGUUCAAUGCUAGUUUCCCAUUCUACACCUCAUGCUAGUUCUUUAUACUAGCUCUCAAGCUAGUUUUUAUGCUAGCUCCCACAUUAGCUAGCAUGCUAAUGCAGAAAGACCUGUGAGAAUAGCCUAAAUGUAAAAAAUAAAACAAAUCCUUUUUCUGGCAGAGAUAUAAUAUAUAAAUGUAUGCGUUAAGAAAUUUAUAAGAAAGCAAUUUAAGACAUAAAGAAAAAACAUGGCUCUAUUUUAGUCCUGCUUUUUGUAGUUGUCCUUUUUUAAGAAAUGGAGUGUUCCUAUUUUGUGUUGAUUUAGCUUUUUAUAAUAAUCAGUGGUGGUGUCACAGCUUACUCUCAUGCUGCUAAUUUUUCAAGUACAACAAAACAAUUUAGCCUCCAUUUUUUUCCCCCAGAAUGAAUGUUGUGUUUGUAAAAAAUAAAAUAAAAAGUGUAGAGGGCUGUCAUUGAACUAUGACCCCUAUGACAUAAGACUUGACCUUUUGGCCUUUGUCUCCCUGGUGAAAACACCACUUUGCUGGUGCUGAUGGAGGGACGAGACUAAAAGUUUAUAUUGUUUUCAAAUGUUGAAAAUGUAUUUGUUUCUUUAUUUUGGUGGUUGUACUUGAGUCAAUAGCUAGGUUUCCAGCCAAUUGGGGAUAGAUUUUCAUGCGAAUAUUCAGAAAUCUGCAUAAAGAAUGAGAAUUUUCCCACCAGUGGUGUUUCCACCAAACUGACUUGUUGGUGAUAAAAAUCAGUGCGUGAUGACACAGUGCACUUUUUCACUUAAGUUUUCAUGUACUGAAUAAAAAUCCCAUGUCCUUCCAUCGCUGUUGCCAUAAAUAGCAAAUGUGCCUACUCUUGUCUUGGCACGUGCGCUCUAGCCAACAACUCGCAGAUACAAUGCUGGUAGGCUAGUCUACAUUAUAUUAUUAUGGAUUAGAGUGAGAAUAUUUAUAUUUGUCAAGCAUCGAUCAUCAUGUCACCGGAAUAAGAUCCUCUAUUUAUUGGAAAGGAGCAUCAAGCUCAUCACCUUGCACUUUCAUUACCCUGUAAAAUGUAUAAUUUAGCCUAAUAAACGGCAUGGUUUCCCGAGUCGUAGUGGGAGUUCCACACACCAUAUCAUUGUGUGACUCACAAUAUUAUGGUUAUAUCAAUAUUUGUGCAUAAAAGCAUUUCCACCAUUUCACUCGUAAUUAAUUUUAGACACAAAGAUCCCAACAUGUUGAACGAACAAAUUACCUGUUGGCAUUUAUAACAAUUUACUGAAAGUUAGUUUCUAGCACAGCUGUUGUGAUUUUUUUUUCAAAUGCAAUAUAACUUCGCAUAAAAACUGGUUGGAAACGUGGUUAGUGAUGACAUGAUGUAGCAGCACAAUUUAGAGUUGGGGUUUUAGAUAUCUUGAUUAUAACUGUAUAUAAUGUCAGCAACCAUUUCUGCUUCAGAACUGUCAUUUUUUAAAUGCCUGCAGAUGCUUUUUGUGACUGACUCCAUAUGCCUGACUGGGGAGAUAACCCAGUAUGUUUUGGGAUGGGGUAGGUGAGAGGGUGCUGAUAGACCGUACACCCAUAUGAAAUCACUAGAGAAGUGCCUAGGCCCGAGUUCCAAUACCUGAUUAUCCUCCUCUCUUCUCCCUUCAUUGAAAUAAUCAACCCUGAUAUGACUGAAUGGAAACCUGAAACUUGACUUUCACUUAUCCAUUAGGGCUGAUGUUCGGUCAGUCAUUACUUCUAGAAAGGGAGGAAGGAAGCAGGCCCUUUCAAGGCAUUUAGACAGCUCCUAUGUUUCAGAGGACAGAAGCUUUAUCUCCUGCUGGGCACUUCAGUGAAACAAUGACUGAAAACCGAAGUCUUUCAUUUCAGAUACCUAUUUGAAACUAAAGGGUUUGGGGGUUAAUGUCAAAUUCAUAUCAUACCUCUUAAUUGUGAUAUUGCAAUCAGCAGAAAUUGAUUUUCACAUAAAAUAUCCUUGGAGGAUGUGAACUGUAUGCUGGCUUUCAUUCCCCAACUGGAUCAAGUGAUUUUUACUUUGUACGUUCACCAAUGUGCAAAGUCAUCCAAUAAGUCUGGUUUCCCAGACUCCGAUUGAGCCCACUUCUGGACUAAAAAUGCAUGUUCUACAUUCAUUUGUCCUGGAAUAGGCACAAUGUGGGUCUGAGAAACUGCCCCAAUAUCUCUCCUAUGAAUUAAGUUGCACUGAAUGUAAAUAAAAGUAGUCAUGCAAAAUCUCUUGGGAUUGAUUUAAACCCAUACUGUGAAAAUGUGGCACUUCUUUAGCUCUGUUUGGAAAGAAAAAUAAAAUAAAACAUUUUCUCCA